GCUGUUAUCACGAGAAACACACCGGCGUACCGAGAAGAGCCGGACGCAUUGGGACAUAUCCGCUGCUAUUGGUCAGGACUCUCCGGGCCGCUAUUAAAGCGCGUGAAGCGGCGCGCGCCGUGACACACUCGCUCGAGCCAGCGAAAAAGCAUCUGAGGGAAACAAGCCGGUGGCGGAUAAUAUUCAGACCGCUUGGAUUUAACUUAAGAGCUUGGUUUGCUUUACAUGCCAAAGCUGGGGGAACAGACUGGAGCACAGCACGAUUCCCCGCGAGGCUUCAACGUUUUCGCCACUAUAAUUGGUUAUCGAAUGGACCAGCAUCCUAGCGCCCGCAGCUGCACCAGUCGCGGGACUUCGUCCUGCGAGGCCGUCCCGGCUGAACCCUCCAUGAAUCUCUACAUCCACUCCACCACCGGCACACGCUACGAGCUCUCCCUGCCCCAGGAGGAGACCGUGGAGGGACUGAAGAGAAGGCUCUCGCAAAGACUCAAAGUACCCAAAGAGAGACUCGCUCUGCUGCACAAAGAAACGCGACUAAGUUCAGGAAAACUCCAGGAUCUGGGCAUCUCUGAUGGGAGCAAGUUAACACUUGUACCAACAGUUGAAGCAGGACUAAUGUCUCAAGCGUCGAGACCAGAGCAAUCGGUGAUGCAAGCCUUGGAGAGUCUAACAGAAAUCCAGGUCAGUGACUUCCUGUCCGGCCGCUCCCCACUCACCCUGGCACUGCGUGUAGGAGACCACAUGAUGUUUGUUCAGCUCCAGUUGGCAGCGCAGCAAUCUGGGGGUCCCCAGCUCCAGCAUCGGCACCUCAUCGCCCGGGGAAACACAGAGGCCGCCCCGGGACAACCCACAGGGCAGCAGCCCCGAGUUCCCCACACUCACCCGCUCUCCCCCCACCACCACCCCCAGCAACCACACAAUCCCCCCAGCCCCCACUUGUCCCAGCCCCAACCUGUCCCUUCCUCCUCCCCGUCUUCAGGCUCACCUUCCUUCAUGUUGCCUACCUCGCACCACCAGCCGCUCCCUCCUAUGUACCACCAUUCGCCCUCCUCCGGUCACUGUAGCCCCCCUACCCCGCCACCCCACUCCCCUCGCCACAUCCCCGGAGGACUUUUCCGCUCUCCAUCCCAUCAUCAUCACCACCACCAUCAUCACCACCACAACCACUACCACCAGCCCUCCUCCAGUCAAUCCAGCCACGACAUUGGCCAGGUCAGCCCUGUAGCCCCGGUUCUGUGCCCUGAGGCUAACUGCACCACCAACAGCCCUAGCAGUGGCUCCAGUCCUUCGGCACGCUCACGAAAACCUGGCGCCAUCAUUGAGAGCUUUGUUAACCACGCUCCCGGAGUCUUCUCAGGGACCUUUUCAGGCACUUUGCACCCUAACUGCCAAGACAGCAAUGGGCGUCCAAGACGUGACAUUGGUACCAUCCUGCAGAUCCUCAACGACCUCCUGAGCGCCACUCGGCACUACCAGGGCAUGCCCCCCUCCCUCACUCAACUGCGUUACCAGACCCAGUGUGGCUCACCCACCUCCCCAUCCCCCUCGCCGCCUCCUUCGCCCCCAGUUGCCGGGAUGACAGGCCUCUCUGCCAAAGCUACCUCUGUGCCUGCUGGCAGCCCUCCUCCAACUCUUCAUCCAUUGGUGCAGUGCCAGAGCCAGAUCCGCAUGUGCAAACCCCCUGGGGACCGCAUGCGUCAGACCGAGAACCGUGCAACCCGCUGCAAGGUGGAACGUCUGCAGCUGCUGAUGCAGCAGAAGCGCCUGCGCAGGAAGGCCAGGCGGGAUCAGCGAGCUCCCUAUCAGUGGCUGCCCAACCGCAAGGCCGGGCGUAGCAACAGCAACAGCAGCAUGUCCAGCGAGGGCUCCCUGGAUCUGGACUUUGACGACUCGGUGUGGAAGCCCGACGUCAAGGCCGACUUGAAGUCCGAGUUCGUGAUGGCCUGAACCUUAUCCUCCCCCGCUUCUUCGUGGAGAGUCAUAGAUUUUUUUGUGAAGCUUUUUUUUGGGGAUUAACAGGGAAAUAAAUGGCGAUGGGAGUGUAAAUGGCAGGAGGUGAAGGGGAAACAAAAGAGUUGUCCUUGUGACUGUUAUCUGCCACAUGGAAGAAGGAAGAAAAAAAAAAGAAAAAAGAGGCUCCCUGCAGACGUUAAUCCCAUUCUGUCCUUCACAGCUGACAUUGUGAAAAGCAGCAACGAUAGCAAAGGAACUUCGGUGUGAUGCUUGGACUUUACAGGCAACAACAACAAAAAAAAAAAAAAAACACCCUGGACAUUACAGCGUACAAGACUUUCAUUUUCGAGGCGUGACGUCACAGAUCACAUCUCCACUCGGGCAUAGCAGAAUUCAGUGAGUGGUGGUAUUUUCAGAUAUUAUUUUUUUUUCUACAUUUUUUUUAAGUGCACUCUGGGCAGAAAUGAAGAGAUCCACACUGGAUUUACGAACAGAACAGGAGCACCAGAGACUGUGGAAAUAUUCCGAUGGUGAAUUCUUAUCGUUCUCAAAACCAAUCAAUCGGAGUCCAGUUUUUUUUUUUUUUUGUUUGUUUUUUGUUUUUGUUUGUUUUUUCCUCUGUUACGGAGUGGUUAAACCGUUUUCUUUCUUCGUUUUUUUCCACUUUUAAGCAUAUUAUAUUUUAUAAACAAAAACAAUAUGUAGCAUUGUUCACAAAGCAUUCAGGUUUUCAUAUAACAGUUCAAAGUAGUUGUUGAUUUGCACACGAUGUUGAUUUAUAACAGCUGGUCAAUAUGUGCAAGGAGGAGGAGGUGGGGCCUGAAAUAGAAUAAUAAUAAUAAAAAAAAAGAAAAUGACUAUUGAAGUAUUGAUGUCGACCUCAGUGACAAAAAGGGUAUCGAUAGGAACGAUUAAUAAAUGAACAAAAUGAAUUAAUAUUACAAAGUGCUUUAGAGGAUUUUAAAAUCUUUAAAAAAUAUAUAAUAGAAAGCUCUAUUUUUGUUUCUCUUCCUAUCUGCUGUUUUCUAAAAACAGCAGCCCUCUGUGGCUUUUUAGUCAAAUUGUUGACUGUCAGCAAAUAUGUGCAUCCAUUCAAACCCCCCCUUUGUUUACCCGCGGAAUUAUUUCGUCUCGCCACAACAAACGAUACAGAAAGCUCGCAGUCGUCCAAGCCCCCCCCCCGGGGGGCGGAUGUCCUGCAGACCUGAAUUGACCUGUCGAGGGAGUUUGUGUACAUAAAUGUGACGAUCUGCAAAUGUUUAUGAGGGUGUGUGUUUAUGUUUGGCUUUCGUUUUUUUUGUUUUGUUUUUAGAAUAUUCCAUUAAUUUGUCGUCUUCACCCGAGCAACCCCUCAAUCUCCAAACGUCGCAGUAGAUCAGCCGCAGCGAAAGCGCAGGUUGGAGCUACUCAUUUAAAGGCCGAAGCCCUUUUUUUUGUUUUUAUCGCGAGUUUUAUCGGAAGAGGGAGGAGCCUCGGCCUCAUUUUUCUGGCAUCGUUAUCUAGUGCCUGGACCAGUACACCCAUUGACAUAUCAGGUUAGGCCUUUCAACGUUUUGCUGCUAUACAUGGGAGCUUAAAAACGAAACAAAUGAGAUAACAACAUGUAAGCUAUUGGGGGGGUAAAAAAGUGACUUUUCUUUGCAUGCAGAGGUGUGAUAUUACAACGAUCCUUUUUUUUUUUUUGUAUAUUAACGGAAGAGAAAAUACAAAGUGGUGCUCUGGUCAUGAAGGUUAACAACAUGCAUGAAUUUGUGAAAAAAAAAGAAAAGAAAACAAAUAAUGCUGCUUUUGUUGGUUAGGACUGUGUAACCUAACAUUUCAUUGUUAGUUUUUUUUUUUAAAGAAAAAAACAAAACAACAACAACAGUGUCCCGCUAAAGAGCGACGAUGCAAAACCAAAACAGAUGAAGAUAAACGUUGAACUCGUGUUGUGACUCGGCACCGAACAUUCCUGUUGUACGACAAUGACGACGAUGACGAUGAUGACGAUGAGGAAAUGACUCUCUCUCUCUCUCUAUCGACGCCCCGAGCACUGUUUUUUUGUUGCCGUUGUUGUUGUUGUUGUUACCCAGACAGCCGACAAAAACUGUUUAGCCAAGCCUCCUCCUCCUCCCAGCCUGAAUGCCGACAUAGGCUCGUGUGGACGUACGUCCGCGGGGAACCAGCAGACCGGUGGAUUUAAAAGAACUGUCCGUCACAAUCCACCCCAGAGAAGCAUCUUUAAUCAGCCUGUCUGACUGACCGCCCUACACCACAAUUGCACUCCCAGAGAUUGCAGUGAGAGAUUACCUUUUUUUGGGUAAACCUCAUAGUUUUUUUUGUUUUGUUUUUUUGGUUUUUAAGUGGCCUUACCUUUCACUAAAAAUAUUGAGACACUUGGGGACAAUGGGGAUGGGAAUGUUCUUUUUUUUCUUUCUUGUUUUUUUUUUUUUUUUAACCUUCUGUGCAUAUCGUUGUUGGACUUGUCAUCAAGGCACCGUUUUGUUGUCACUGAGGACACUGGGCAUCUGUUGUUUAGUGCUUUUAGCUGGUGGAGUCUCUAUUAUGUCAAGGCUUCUGUGCCUUAAAAAUUGCCCUCGCAGUGUCAGCGUCGAUUGAAGCUCGUUUUCAUCUGUUUUUUGUUUUCUUUAUGUGACUGUAGUAUUCGCAGCCAUGACGGUCAUAGAUUAUAGGGGUGAGUCUUGUUCGAGCGGAACCCAAUGCUAUUCGCUAGUCGAUUGUCGUUCCUCAAGCAAGGUCUUUGUCCCAUUUCUUUACUGUGUUGCCAUGUUUGUCGGUCUGUUAUUCGAACCUCAUGUUCCUCCGAGCAGUACUUAGACGGAAAGAAACAGUCCUGACUCAAAAUGAGAAAGGUCCUGUGAGGACUCCAGACUACAUGCACUUCCUGUUUCCGUGGAUAAGACAAUUAUUAAAGGACAAAUGAACCCCGAGCCCCUCCCAAAUUUUAUUUAUUCUGAGUUGUUUUUGGUUUUUUUGGGGUUUUUAUUUCCUUUCGUAAAUGUAUGAAAUAUACUCUGUGUGUGCCUCACUUCUGUGUGAAACUCAAAAACAAGAAACAAACAAAAAAAAAGUUGACAAAAAGCAUUACAGAGAGGAUAAAUAACAGAGUACGUCGGUGGAAAUCCUGAUCAUUUAAGUUGCCUGUUCUUUCUUGUAGCCAACUAUUGAAAAUAACAGGUUUCAAGAAUACAAUUUACAAUGUUCUAGCUCUAGACCGGUGUAGCACAUAUGUGACUGUAUUAAUUUAUGAAACCAAAAUGGUAACUGUGAAUUAUGUAUUUCUUUGUGCAUUUUUAAGAAAAGCAAACAAAAAAAAUUGGUGGGGGAGAAGGUUGUUGGGACACGGGGCGCAGCUCACGCUCCUGUCUGAAAACAAACUUUUCUUUUUGUUUCUUUCGGUGGAAUAUGAUAGAAACUCAGACAUGUUUCCGGAAAAUAAUAAUAUUAAAAAAAAAAAAAUGCCAAAAAAAGAGGAAAAAAAAGCAACAAAAAAUAUAUGAAUAUAUUUUUUUUCUUAAGCAAUACAUUUCAGUGUGACUUGUGAUAGAACCUUUUCUUUUUUAGGUAAUAAAUAAAUAAAAAGCAAAAUGAGAACAUC